AACACACAGAAGGUCCUCAGUUCGAGCCUGGGUCAGAUCACAUUUUAUCCUGUUCAUUGAAGUCGUCUUAUUUUUAUCGAACAGUAACCUAAGCUUAACUUGUCGCUUGUUUCUACCGCCAGUGGCUGAUGAAUGCAAAAUGAGCACCUAUCUUUACGAACUCCCAACUACCGGCGCUAUCUCUUUUGGAGACUUUUGCGUUGAUACCACAGCAUCCAAUGCAUAUGCAAGUCACAUCGCUGAAGCCACCCAAGCGCGAGCAAACCUACGCGGUGUCCUGAAAGUGACCAAACGCACUGACACAGACGACAAGGAUUAUCUGCGCUUGAUCAAGGUUCUCGAUGACUACCUCCCAUACUUGCAUGGGAUCAUGGCCUGUGUCGUAUCAGGGGACAUUCGUCUGAAAUCCGAACCCCAAUUCAGCUGGCGCACGACACUGUCCGCACAUCUAUUUCACAUGUCCCCAAGAGUCGCUCUAGCAUCGCUGCAUGCGGACCUUGCAUCCUCGUUGCUCACUUAUGCCUUUGCGCUGUCGAAUUUCGCGCGUGUGACGGUUGCAAGUCUCGGUUCUUAUGAGUAUGAUCGAGCGAUCUCAGAAAUCGAGAGAAAAGCAAAGGACGAGAAGCUCAAUUUUGCGGUGACAAUGCUGUGCAGAGCGAGCGGGAUCUUUACCUAUGUGAGCGAGAAGGUGUUGUUGGAUUGGGAUAAAGGGGAGGGUGCGUCGGUUAGGCCGCCCGAUCUGAGGAAGGAGGUCAAUGCUGCCCUCGCAAAGAUGGCACUCGCUGACGCGCAAACUCUGGCAAUUCGCAAGUUUCUCUCCAAGUCUGCAUAUGACAACGCCAUAUCCCCUGGCCCUCCGCUUCCAAAAUCACACCCCUCCAUCCCGCUGAUAUUUAAAUUCCACCUUGAAUGCGUGUCGCUUUACUCCUCUGCGCGUGCGCUUGUCAUGACGCUCGGCUCCACACGCCCAUCUUCCUCGUCUUCUAAUCCAGACUCCAACGCAGAAGUCUGCGUCGAGCUGCGUCGUUACCUUGCAGAUGCAUCGGCAUUUCAUACAGCGCUUGCGCAUAAGUGGCUUGGCGUUGAUGCAGGAGAGAGUGGAGUGGGCGAAAAGGGCGGGGAGGCGGUGGCAUGGUUACUGUGGGCAAAGAAGGAGCUUGAGGACAUGAAGGAAAGCGGGCUUGGUAUUGCAGUAGGGCGGGACCGCGAGAAGCGGGGACGCAAAGGACGUGUCGCGGAUGAAUUGGAGAGCGUGAGCGUAUUUUUGAAACACUAUAAGAAAAUCAACGAUUCGUUGACAUUUCAGCCUGUGCCUAAGCAGCAGGACUUGCAAGCGCGGAUACCUACAGGGAUUUUAGCGGUGCAUGCAAAGCCCUACACACUUCCUUCCCCAGCAUUCAGACCUGGUUCCGUCGAGUAUACACGUCUACAGACGGAAACGCUAACACUAGAACACGAUGAUUCGUCUGGCGAUGAGGCUCUUGCUAGUACUACUAGUUCGCGCACGUAUGCUGGAGCUGGUUCGUACUUCUAACCCUUGUACAGUCAAGGUCAAGUGCCGUGCACAUCGCAUGUUCUGGUAGGUACAGUAAGGUUAUGAACAAGAUACUAUAUCCACUUCUAAAUCAGGUCUCAAUCGAAUAACCCCCCCUUCUGCUAUUGUGCA